AUGACACUGACAGCCUCUUGUGGGGCGAUUUACUUCACGGAGACGCCGGUGGAGAACAUCAUCACACUCACGUGGCAGGUGAAGGAGGGCGGGGAGGCGCCGGCGCCGUGCAGCAGCGUGAUCUUUAAGGUGAAAUCCUCCGCGCCCAAGCUGUUCUACGUGCAUCCGCGCUACGGGGCGUUGCUCCUCGCGGACGCCGCGGGCCGGCCACGAGAUGCGAGUGGUGUGCAGGUGACCUUCGGCCUGCGCCCGGUGGCGACCGACGCGCUGAGCGACGUUGCGGCAACAACUGCGCCGCCCACCGAAAUGUCCCCCGUCGGCGGCGGCGGCAACGGCUACCAUGAGCGGAUUGUUAUUGAGUCUUUGUACAUCCCCGGCGACCGCGUGGUGUACGAGCGGCUCUCGCAGGGCCUUGCCGCGGGUGUCCACCUGUCGGAUUUGGUGCGAGGCGUGUGGGACGCCGUCGCGGGGGGCGCCCACUCGGCGGUGCGGGGGGGCCCCAUCAGCCUCAAGGUGUACACGGACGGCGUCACGACGGACGCCGGCAGGAAGGGCGAGGGCGUGGUGGUGGUGCCGCCCACCGCGAGGCUGGUGCGGCCGUCGCUGCGGGAGCAGAUUUCGGGCCGCCUGUCGGGGACGCUGGCGCACGGCGGCGUUUCCGCCCCCGCCCCCGCCUCCGCCUCCGCAGCAGCGUCCGACAGGCAGUUCCGAGGCACCGAGCCCAGUGAGCUGCGGGCGCUGAAACUUGGCAUCGACGCGCUGCGGCAUGAGCCCAAUACGGCCCCCGCUGCCGCAACGGAGGAGGCCACGUACAAUAGCAGUAGUAGGAACAUCCCACGCCCGCGUUCGAGCCACGCGGAGACGGAUAUUCUCAUGCGUAUGCCGCAGCUAGACGCUGUUGCGCCCAAGGGGUCCAAAGACGGCUUUCCACUAUUAAUGGUGCUUGCGGCAAUGUUUUGCACGUACGUGAUAACGAUGCUGCUCUGGCGCACCAUUUAA